AUGUUUCACUACACACAUUUCACCACAUCAACACCAACAGUCACCAACACUCACCAACACUCACCAACACUCACCAACACUCACCAACUCUCACCAACUCUCACCAACUCUCACCAACACUCACCAACACUCACCAACACUCACCAACUCUCACCAACUCUCACCAACACUCACCAACACUCACCAACACUCACCAACAUCACAACAAACAUUCCAUCAAAACAAGCAUCCCACGAAGGGACUAUCGGACCGCAAACUACCAAUGCAGAAUAA